GAGAGGGACACAGAUCAGAUUGCUGCUCUGAGAAGAAGAGGGAGGCACCAUUGACCAUGGAGGACUGAGGUUGUGUCUCAUGUCCCGCGAACAGGUGGAGGACAUGGAGGAGACAGAGAAGUUCUUUAAGAAGGUGGACGUCCCUGUCCAUGUGCACUACAUUGUGGCCUUCUUCAUUGUGGUCGUUGGAGCUCUGGGGAUGACGGGCAAUGCUCUGGUGAUGUUUGCUUUCUACAGCAAUAAGAAGCUGAGGAGUGUGCCUAACUACUUCAUAGUGAAUCUGGCCGUGAGUGACUUCCUCAUGGCCUUCACCCAGGCACCCAUCUUCUUCAUCAACUCCCUCUACAAUGAGUGGGUGUUUGGGGAAACGGCCUGUAAGGUGUAUGCCUUUUGUGGGGCCCUCUUUGGCAUCACCUCUAUGAUAAACCUGUUGGCCAUCUCCAUCGACCGCUACCUCGUCAUCACCAAGCCCCUGCAGGCCAUGCAGUGGAACUCCAAACGUAGAACCACCGUGGCCAUCAUACUGGUCUGGCUCUACUCUCUCGGAUGGAGUCUGGCCCCACUUGUUGGCUGGAGCUCUUACAUUCCAGAAGGGCUCAUGACCAGCUGCACCUGGGACUACACCACCUACUCUGUGGCAAACAGGAGCUACACCAUGAUGCUCUGCUGCUUUGUGUUCUUCAUUCCUCUGGGAGUCAUCCUUUACUGCUACCUCUUCAUGUUCUUCGCCAUCCGCAAAGCCGGCAGGGACUUGGAGAUGAUGGGAACGUCCAGUAUUCAGCAGCAGUCUAUGCGUAAUGAGUGGCGGCUGGCCAAGAUCGCGUUUGUGGUCAUCAUCGUGUAUGUGCUGUCCUGGUCCCCCUACGCCUGUGUCACGCUCAUCGCUUGGGCUGGGUAUGCCCACAAGCUUACUCCAUAUUCCAAAACAGUUCCUGCAGUCAUAGCAAAAGCUUCCACAAUCUAUAACCCGUUCAUCUAUGCUAUCAUACACACAAAAUACAGGAACACCUUAGCUGAGAAGGUGUCCUGUCUGUCGUGCCUGUCUCAGAAGAAACAGAAGGAAUGCCAGUCCAUGACCAACAGUGAGACGUCCGCCCACGACACUGGGUUCAGCAGGCAGUCGUCUGUCUUCAAGGCGAAACUCCACGCCGUUACCUCGACUUCGGCCACGUACAGUAGUGAUGUGGUUCAUGUACUGCAAUCACACAAGAUGGGGGAUGUAGAACUCGAUAUGAUGUCCCGCAAAGCAGACUCCUUCAGAAGCUCAUCUUCUUUUCCCCUGCUCAAAGACCACAACAAAUCAGUCAAACGGCACAAGACCAAGACCAAACACCACUCACAUGCCACUGAACGAAAACAACACCCAAGCAUCACAGGAUCUCUGAGUCUCUGUGAUCACCAUCUGGUGAACGGCGUGUUGAACAUGGCCACCAUCCCGCUGCUGGUCGGGUCUAAGGACCCGCAGGCUGUGAACUCAACUACGGACACGGACGGCAAUCAACACCAGGAGCCCUACCAGAGAAGCACCCUGGACCCGGCUCAUUUCCCCCGGCUGUGUCACGGCAUCCCACGCAUCAUCAUCAGCCCCACGUCAGAGAGCAGCCUGACUGAGGAGGCCUUGUAUUUGGACGAUAGUAGGCCCGGGUCGCAGGCAAUGGACUUGGGUGACCUGGUGUUAGAUCUGCGACAGUUUAAGUGUUCCUCUGAACUGCUUGAGUCUGUGGAGAGUUUCCUAUCCUGAAUCCUCUUUAUUUUUGGUACUUCAUACUAGUCGUCUUGUAUUUUUGUAUGCACAACACCCAAGGAAAAAAAGGAUUUUAUAUAUAUAUUUCGUUUGCAUUCAUUAAGAAUUUGCAAGAAAUGGAUUGAAUACUUCUAUUUUGUAAUGGAUAUGGAUAUUUUAAGGGCAGUUUGCUAAAAUGCACAUUCACAUUGUCACAUUUUAGCUCCCUGGUCACUUUCUUUCCUCAUAAACGAACAAAGAAAGCAGUGCAACAACGAAUCCUAUAAUAUAUUACUACAUUACAGCAAGACAGGAAAUCUAUUUCACAUUGAACCAUCCAUUUCACUGAAUUAAGUAGUUCAAAUGAAUAUUGUUGAAAAUUGUAUUUUAUUUACAGUUAUAUUUCAUUUUCUGUUGUAAAUAAAGGGAUAUGUACGGUGA